GAAAGGUCAGCUGCUGAAGGGUAGGCCUAUCCCAGGAGUCCCCAAGGCCCCUCAGCUGCUGGAGCUGAGGAAGGUAGAAAGAUGGCCCCAGCUGAGUCAGGUUGGCAAGGGGUCUGGCUGCCCCCAUCAGGCUGGUGGUAAGCGGGGCGGGGCCUGAGGUGAGGCCUGGAAAGAACAGGAUGUCUGUGUUGGGGAGGAAGGGAGGGAGAGGACAGUGCCAAAACCCAGCUCCUGGCCAAUCCCCAGCUCCUCCCCACUUGGCCCAGUCCCAGGAGCCCAUCCCUGGCCUCUCAGCUACCAAUCUACCCUGGGGCCCGGCCGCCAGAUCCCUUCACCAUGCCGGUGGUCAGUGGCCCUAAACCCUUGCUCUGCCUUCUCCUCUUUCUGCUCCUGGACCCCUACAGCCCUGAGGGGGGUCGUCCUCCUCAGCGAAGGUUUGAAUACAAGCUCAGCUUCAAAGGACCACGGCUGGCUUUGCCUGGGGCUGGAAUACCCUUCUGGAGCCAUCAUGGAGAUGCCAUCCCAGGCCUGGAGGAAGUGCGGCUGGCGCCAUCCAUGCGGAACCGGAGUGGCGCCGUGUGGAGCAGGGCCCCAGUCCUCUUCUCUGCCUGGGAGGUAGAGAUGCACAUGAGGGUGACCGGGCCAGGGCGCCGGGGAGCUCAGGGCAUGGCUGUGUGGUAUACCCAGGACAGGGGCCAAGUAAGCUCUGUCCUGGGGGGUCUGGCCUCCUGGGACGGCAUCGGGAUCCUCUUCGAUUCCUCGGCUGAGGAUACCCAGAGCAGCCCUGCCAUCCGUGUGCUGGCCAGUGAUGGGCACCCCCUCUACGAGCCGCUUGGGGAUGGAGCCAGCCGGGUGCUGGGCUCCUGCCACCGGGACUUCAGGAACCGGCCAUACCCUUUCAGAGCACGGAUCACCUACUGGGGGCAGAGGCUGCGCGUGUCCGUGAACAGCGGCCUCACUCCCAGAGACCCAGACGAGGUGUGCAUCGAUGUGGGGCCCCUGCUUUUGGCCCCUGGAGGUUUCUUUGGGGUCUCAGCAGCCACCAGCACCCUGGCAGAUGACCAUGAUGUCCUGUCCUUCCUGACCUUCAGUCUGAGUGAGCCAGGUCCAGAGCCUCCCCCCGAGGCCUUCCCGGAGAUGGAGCAGCUCCGCUUGGCAAGGCAGCUAGAAGGUCUGCAGGCAAGGUUGGCCCUGGGCACCAAGGAGGACAUGGUUCCAAAGCUGAAGUCUGAAGCCCAGGAAGAGGGGGAAAGGAUCUUUGCCCUGGAGGAGACGCUGGGCAGACACAGACAGAUCCUGCAGGCUCUCCAGGGUCUCUCUGAGCAGUUGGCCCAGGCUGAGAGGCAAUGGAAGAAGCAGCUGGGGCCCCCAGGCCAGGCCAGACCUGAGGGAGCCUGGGACUCUGCCAAAAUCAGCACCCUGCUCCAUGGACAGCAGACUCUGCUCCAGGACCUGCAAGAGAUGAGGGAUGCAGCUGCCCACGUGGUCUCAAGAGCCCAGGUCUUCUACCUGCCUGUAGGCACCAAGCAUCAUUUCUUAGAGUUGGCCCAGAUCCUGAGCCUCCUGCAGAAGGACCUUCGGGGCCCAGUGAAAGCAGGAGCCAAGGACCCUCACCCACCUGGCUGGCUCCCAGGGGCCUCCUCAUGCCUGCGGCCAGGCAUCUUCCUGUUCUUCCUCCUCAUCCAGACUGUAGGAUUCUUCUGCUAUGUGCACUUCAGGCAGGAGCAGGACCAGAACCGUCCAGACUAUUUGUCCACAGGCAGCCUUCCUCUGAGUCCGGCACCACCCAUCCCUAGGGCCCUGGGGGUUCUAAGGAGGCAGCCCCUCUCUCCCGGCAUGCAUGCAUGACCCACCUCAAAGCCCUGAAGGAAUGUCCACUUCUCAUCACUGGGAAUUAAAUAGUGUCUAGCUGGGCGGAGGGCUUGGCCAGUAUCCUCUCCCUCUAGGUGCCCAGCAACUACCCAUACCUUAGCUUCUGCAGAGCUUCCACCUUAUUAAAGAUGACUUCCCUCUCCCCAUGCUGUGCUAUGCUCAUUUACCUUCCAGCUGCACCUUAAUCUCUCUGAAGACUUCCCCCUUUUCUGGACAGGUAGCUGAGAGUGGGCUCCAAGUACACAAGGAGGCCAAGAGCUGGCUUUAAUGCCAAAAGACCAGACACCCCGCAGGCCUUGAGUCCUGGACUAUGGAGGGAGAGAGUCAUAACAGUAUAAUUCUGUCCCUCCAAUUCACCCAGAACAAGAAGUGGUGUCUCCAGGUACCCUUCCUAGCUCAGCCAGCAUCACCUUGAGCAACUCUGUCCUGCCCUCCCCUCCUCCCCGCUCAGUUCCAGGGGUCAGCAGGGCAGGCACGUGACCAAGAACUCUAAGAGGCAACCCAUGGAGCCAUGAUUGGGAUUCCCGCUCUCUGGUCCCCCCUCCCUUCCCCAGCCUCAAGCUCUUUGGGCAGCUGCUGGGGAAGCAGGUUGGGGAGAAGGAUGGGGUGGGGCCCAGGGCUGAAUCUUUGUCCCUUGCUUUUACUCCGAUCUCCCAGCUGAAAUCCUAUCAGCGACCUGGGAAAGGAGGAAGUGGGCGGAGAGUAGGAAGAAAGGUUCAGGGCACGAAUCAGCGAAACCCCUUUCCCAGGGGAGCGACCCCACCCCCAAAGGCCCUAAUCCAUUGUCAGCAGUGCCCGGCUGAGCUUGGGGUUGAAGGAGGCACGUGGGGUAGGCGGGAGUGUGGGGCCGGCACGUGGUCCAGCCUCCUCGGCCGCGUGCAGGCCCCCCGCCCCCCGAGAGGAGGGGUUUGGGGAAGUAGGGG